AUGCUGGACCUGUUUGCCUGGUCUUGGUUUGAUGUACAGCAGACAGGUGAACUCUCUACUCUAAUGGACCUUCCACAGCUCACUGUCAGCUCAAACGCAUCACACAGCUCAAGACUCAGCCUUCUCAACAGAAUCUAUCCUGCAGUGAACAGGGUAUUUAGAGGGGAAGGCCUUCAAAUGAAUGAACUGUACUCCUUGACUCAGUGCAUAAGGCACCUGUUGAAGACAGAGAUGGGAUCUUUCAUCACAACCUACUUUCAGAAUCAGCUUCUCCCCAGAGGUCUCGCCCAUCUUUUGGAGGAAAUUCAACAGUGCGAAAGGCACAGCCAGCUUCUGCUCUUAGCAGAAAUAUGGAACAAUUUUUUCUCUGAGAUUUUGCCAACUUUGCAAGCCAUAUUCUAUCCACUACAGGGACAGGAACUUACAGUGAGGCAGAUGGCUUUACUGGGAUUCAGAGAUUUGGUUCUGAUGAAACUUUCAUUGGAGGAGCUCUUAUCUGCUCACCUGUCCCUGCUACCUACAACCAUUACACAGAUGUUACUCAUUCUACAGGGGGUCCAUGAACCUAGAGGACUCUCUAGGGAAUACUGCCGACUGGAGAGAAUGGUGGAGAUGGUUGUUAGUCCAUAUUUGUGGAACUCCAAACACACACAGGGCUGUAAUGAACACACCAUACUGAGGGGGCACCAUGGCCAUCCAGAGAUAAGGAUUACCCAGUAUAUCUCUGAAAACUCUUUACUGGCUCCACUACUAGAGCAGGAAGGAGAGGUCUAUCUGGAGAAGAUGGGUGGCCUACGGCGCCACACAGUGGCCAAUGCACACUCUGACAUGCGGUUGUUGUCUGUCUCAAACCAGGUGCAUUCUGAGAUAUGUGAUGACAGCCAUAUGAUAGAUGAAGUCAGGGGAGAGGUGGAUUCAGACAUAUCCCACGUGAGCCACACAUUUUAG